UCCUGGCAAUACUGAACUUGCAAUCUGUCAAAAUUAAUUAUUGUUCGCUGAAGGAGUGGUGUUGAUCUUGCAAAUGGAUCGCUUUUCUAAUUACUGCUCAAUUUUCGUGCUCAAAGGCAGAAAGGAAGCUAGAACAGAAGAGUCUCCUACUUACCAUCGGCAGACCGACACCUGGGAUAGCGUAUGAAUCCUAAAUUAUACAUGCUGGGAAUAUAGUACUUUUCGCAAUGGAAGAUUCAAUGGCCUUAGAAAAUACCCUCCAAACCGACUCAAACUACCAACUAACCGAUGGUGUAACAAUAAAGGAGGAGUUAGACAAUAACAUAGUCAUAGAAGAACACAAUGUAGCUCUACAACUAAAAACAGAAAAAGAAGACCCCUAUCAGAACAUCCAACUAGAAGUUAAACAUGAACCGGAAGUCAAUUUCCGGAAAUACAUAGAGAAUAAGAUAUUAGAAGAGUUUAAAGUACAAAGUGAAGUAGAUUCAAUAUUGCCUAUAAUAGAUCCGGAAGAGGAAGAAAAAGUAAAACAGGAAUGUUUGGUGGAUGAUGCGAUGAUAUCAUAUGAUUUUCCGAACUUUGAUGACGGGAGUGUCGGGGCUAGGAGUAUGGAGACUGGGAGUAUGGACAGCAAUGAUGUGGAGGCGCUGGGGAAUGUGGAGGCGUGUCUGCAGGAAGAUGGGGUCAGCGUUAAAUAUGAGAAUGAAGAGUAUGAUGAUCCACACUUAACCGUGAAAGAAGAAGGAGAUUUAACAGUAACAGAAACUCAUCUAAUCUCAAAUAAAGUGAUCAACACAACAUCCACCAUCACCAACCCGCAGGACGGGCUCACACAGUCGCAGACCACAAAGACACUAGUCAUGGAAAUACACCCCAUGUCACAUAGCGGCAAUGUCCCUCUCUCAAAAAUCGGAAAUCCAGAAGAGAUCCUACCCAAUGAGAUCGAAUAUGAUGAUUUCCUACUAAAUUCUAUCACAGGAAAUGAAUUGACACUAGAGCAAGAGGCGUACGGACUUUUAAAGGCUAAAAAGAAAAAGGUAGACGUAAUAAAGAUACAUCAAUGUCCCAAAUGCGUGAACAGAUACAGUACUAAAAAGGCCCUUACUUAUCAUCUCUCCGUCCAUGCUACUAUAGAGAAACGAGCCGAAGGCGUCAUUCAAGGGCAGAAAACUAGACGUCUAAACAGAUUAAAAGCUGAAAAACAAUACAGAACACAACUUAAAAAACAAAUGAAACAGGAGCAACGUCUCAAAACUAAAAUUGAAAAGAUAAAGCUUAAAAAGAAACCUGCAGAACCAGUUAAGAAAGAAGGUUAUGAAUGCACCUGUGGAAAGGUUUUCAGAAGAAGAAGUCGUAUGGAAACUUGUCUAAGAUCCCAUAACCUGUUUGCCGAAGAAAAAACUUACCCCUGCAAUACAUGCGCGAAGAAUUUUAAAGAUAAAGAAGAAUUAACAAUACAUAGAAAACGAUUUCACACUAAAAAGAAGUUCCCAUGCAAAUUUUGCCCCACAGACUAUAACACGCCUAAAGAGCUCUUCAAGCAUUUACAAAUACAUCAGAAAGUACAGUUGAUGGAGUACAAAGUUAUUUCAGAAAUUGUUAAAGGCAAAAAGAAGAUGCGAUGUUUCAUGUGUUCUAAAACGUGUGCUGAUCUAUCAGAAUUGAAGUCACAUGUUAUGGAUGAUCAUAAAGAGCCUUAUAUUUGUCCGCAUUGCCAGCAAACAUUCCCUAAAAUAAUAGAUUUUGCUAAUCACACCAAGACAUCACAUCCUGAAGUUGAAGGCCAAUCAGUCUUAGAUGUCCUAGAAGCGUUUUCUAAACUAGUACAAGCAUGGAAGUGUGAGGAAUGUGAACUACAGUUCCAUGAGGCAGACAAACUGGCGAGGCAUCAGAUUGAAAAGCAUAGUAGAGAAAUCAAAUCAGAGCUACAAUUCCAAUGUACAGAUUGUCAAAGAGUUUUCAUAACACAGAAAGGUCUCACAUCACAUAGACGAGUUCAUCACAAUACAGAAACGCCCGAAAUCAGUGACAUUAUAGAAAAGGGUAUAAUGUGUUUAGAAUGUAGGAAAAUAUGCAAAGACAUGAACGCUUUAACUUCACACAUGAGGCUACAUUCUCCGGAUAGAAGAUAUCCGUGCAAAUUUUGUGAUUUUCGUUUCGCUACUCCUGAAAAAAGAAAGACACACGCUGAAGUUCAUACGGGUGAUAUGAAAUAUGUAUGUUUCAUUUGUGAGUAUCAGUGUACGUCGGAGAACAGACUAAAACAGCAUAAAUUAUCAGCGAAGCAUUCAAAUAUGAAGGAAUACUUGUUGACCGGUAAAAUAAAUAAUGAAUCGACUUCUAAGCAGGAUGAAAUUAAAGCGUCUCAAAGUAAAAGUGUUAAGAAAAAGAAGACUGAAGAACUCCGGGGUCGAAGUUACUUGUGAAGUGUGCGGGGAAAAGUUUCCUAGCGAAGAGAGUAUGUUGGAACAUAAGCAGACUCACCCAUUUAUCGAGUUUCCUAAUGAAGACACGCCUAGUAGGAUAUUUUUCAAGUAGCCUUAUCUUGCCUGCUUAUUUAGUACUGCCGUGUUGAACUAAAAGGGUUGAAAAAUUUAUGCCAUCCAUUUUAAGAAAAUAUCAGAAGUGCCUCUAGUGCCGCAUCACCCUUCACCUUAGAGCGUUUUCACAUUAUCCGAUCCGAUAUUGGAUGUAGAAAGGGUGUCAAGGCAAAAGUCAAAGUCAGCGCCUAUAAUUUAUAGGAUAUUGGAUCGGAUAAUGUGAAAACUCGCUUAAGAC